UCUAUGGAUGUGUUGUCCAGAUUUCUGUAAUUUUGGUUUUGGCAGGAGCAGAAUGCCUCAUCCUGGCAACCAUGUCUUAUGACAGGUACGUGGCCAUCUGCAAACCUUUGCAAUAUCCCAUUCUCAUGAGGAGAAACGUCUGUUAUAUGAUGUCAAUGGUGGCCUGGUUUUGGUCGACUGUCCAGGCUCUCACUUGCUCUCUUUAUGUAUUGCCCCUUCCCUACUGCAAGUCCAAUGUGAUUAACCAUUACAUAUGUGAUUACCCAGCACUUAUACAGUUGUCAUGUUCAGAUAAUUCUGCUUUUGAACAAACAAUCUAUGCUGGAAAUUUCCUGGUACUUCUCAUCCCCAUCUCAGUUAUUCUUACUUCCUAUGUUGCUAUCCUCCUCCAAGUUGUGAGGCUACGAUCUUCUCAAAGGAGCCACAAAGCCUUAGGAACAUGCAUGUCUCACUUGUGUGUAGUUGGGAUUUUCUAUGUAACUGCUCUUGCAACAUACAUGAAACCUGCAUCCUCUUAUUCACCACAGGAAGCCAUGGUUAAUACACUGUUUUUUACCACUGUACCUGCCAUGACAAACCCCUUCAUAUACAGCCUGAGGAAUCGAGAUGUCUUGGAAGCUCUGAGAAAAACCUUUGGAAAACACAGCUUGCAUCAGUGACUUGAUAGGAAAAACAUGAAAGCGAAUAUUUUCUGUUGGUAAUCUGAGCAUCUGCUUCAG